ACUUUCAUCUUCUCAAAGUCCGAAGUCCAAUUUCCAUACCAACGACAUACGCCUGUUCCACGCUAUAAAACCUACCGAAUUCCCUUCUUCUCCAAGAUCCUUCUGUUGCUUCGUCUUCGAUCUUUAGCCCAGUGCCAUCAAACUAUAUCUUAUCAUCAUCAUCAUGGCUAAUGCACCUUCCUCUAUCGGAAUCAACCUCGACGGUUGUUCAUCUGGCCCGCACGGUCCGAUCAUUGGAUCUCCUGAGGAGAGAGAUAGCAUGCGGGACCAACGUCUUGCUAUGACGCAGCAUCCAGGAACAGACAGCUUCACCGAUCGUCACCUCAGCGGUAGAGCUGGUUCUCAUGACCACGAAGCAACUAUGAGAGAGAAGCUUGCGGACCUAACAUCUCGACUCCCUUCGACCACAACGAACGGGUCGACUAACGGCAGCGGUAAUUCCACGUAGCCGCCUUUAUGCUACAAUAUAACUUCACGACCAUUAUUAUGUACAAUACCGCUCAUCUGGCAGACGCCUGCCGAAGACGGAUGUGAUACCAUUUUACUACUGUAUGAGAUUACUUGAGCGGCGAAGAGUAAUUACUGGA